AGCUACAACUCGCUUCGGUUUUGACUAAUUUUCUGUCAAAUAGUAAAGCUUAAAUGUGAACGUGUAGCAGUCAGUUUUCGAUAUGCUUCAUGAAGUUAAAGUUGACAAAAUAAUUUGUGUCACUUGAAAUUUAUAUUUUUUUUAUCUACUAUUGGAAUACUUAAAGAAUAAUGAGAUUUCAUCAUUUUUUAUAUAUUAUUUUUACUAAUUUUUGUUUUUUUACAAAUAUAAAAAUAAUAUUCGGAGUCAAUAAUGAAAUAGAAGUACCGGAGAAUAACGAUAAUGAUAACCAAUCAAAUCAUGAUAAUCCGUUGUCGGGUUUUCAAGCCAAAUCGGUACCUGUUGAGCUCAAAGUUGAUGAUUUCGAUGAUAAAAUCCAAAAGGUGUUAAAAAAUAAAUUAAGUUCACGAAGAUCAGCUAUUGACGCAGCACUAAGACGAGAAGAAUUAGAUUCACGAGAAAAAGAUGAUUCUUCAUUAGAUAAUUCAAAGACUGAUGGUACCGAUGAAUUGAGUCAAGAUCAAUCAGAUAUUGCGGAUUCGAGUGGUGAGAAAAAUUCCGAGGGAUCGCAAUCUUUGGAAAAACAACGAAUUACUAAUGAGAAUCAACAAAGCAGUGCACAAUACGCUGGCGUUCGUAUACUGGACUCUGGAGGAGACCUAAGUGAUAUCAACCUACGAAAUGAUUUUACAAAAAAAACAACUAAAAAACCACCUGUUAAUGUCAAUAGAAAUAUAUUGCAUAGCAGAAAGAAAUUGAAAAAAACAGCUCAUGAAAAAUUCAAGCUUGACUGUCAGAGUCAUAAAUCUAAUUGCGGUAAGCAUCACGGGGGCAAACAUUUUGAAGAAACCGAUAAAAAUAAUGAUGAGAAUGGCAGCUAUAUUUUGAAGCAAUUCAAUUCUUUCGUACCGCUCGAAGAUCAACCAUCAGAAGAUAAAAAUUUAACAAGACUGGCACAAGUUAUUUCAAAACACAUUGUCGAUACUUUGCCUGAUGAUAUACGACACAGCAAGUGGGCCUCAAAAUUGGCCUUUAAAAUCGUUUACGAAAAAUUAAAAAUGUAUCGUGAUGGUAAUUUUGCUCCUUUUGGAUCAUCCUUUCAAAAAAACUCAAUGCUUAAUAAUGCAAGUGAUAAUGAAUGUUGUGGUUGCUGCUGCAAUGGAGGAGAUACUGGCCCAUCUGAUAAUCACCCGCACUACGGAAGUAAUUACGAAUCUCAAAUAGUUAUGAAAGUUGGUGGUGAAAGUACUUAUAAGUGUUGGCCAACAAUUGAUCAGCCACCAAGUGAUGGUUAUGUCCUACUUGAUGAUGUAGGAUGGUUUAAAUUACAUACUAAACCUAUAGUAUGGAAUGAAGCGAGAAAACAAUGUCGCAAUGAGGGCGGUUAUUUAGCAUUUUUCGAGUCCGAAGAAGAAGCUCAAUGGUGCAUGGAUCACCUACUGACUAAAUCGACGACAGAGAUAUUUUUGGGGGUUCACAACUACUUUCAAGAAGAAUGGGUGACAGUUCGUGACACACCUGUUUACAAAAUAAAACAUUUAAUAUGGUCAAAAAAACAACCGACUGAAUAUCGAAAUUAUAAUUGCGCAAUUAUAAGUAAAAAAGAUAAGAUAGUUGUUCGAGAAUCAUGUAAAAAUGUUCAUUCGUUUAUUUGUAAAAUUCCACUGUAAAAUUAUAUUGUAAAUUUUCAAUAAGAAUUGUGUUGAAUAAAUGAUCUAUAUGUAAAAAAGAAAAAAAAAAACAUU